AUGGAAGAGACAACAGUGAUGAAGAUACCUGGGAACGAGAUCACCAAACUGGACAAGUUUGAUGGUUCGUUCUUCAAGCGUUGGAAAGGGAAGAUGCAUUUCUUCCUCACUGCUUUGAAGAUUGCACAUGUUCUGAAUGAAGAGAAGCCAACAGCACCGACCAACACCACUGGAGAAACACCAGUACAGAAACAGCAGCGCGAGAAGUGGAAACAGGACGACUUCAUGUGCAAGGGCUACAUUCUCAAUUGGUUAUCAAACACACUUUAUGAUGUAUACGAGCCCAAGUUUGCAAACAGCACCUCGAGAGAACUAUGGGAGGACCUCGACAAAAAGUACAAAAUUGAGGAUGCUGGCAACAAGAAGUUUCCUAUAAGUAAGUUAUUUGAUUACAGAAUGGUAGGAGAUAAAUCUAUUAUUUCACAAACUUAUGAGUUGCAAGAUCUUAUGAAUCAAAUAAUCUCUGAGGGCCACUCUCUUGAUGAGUCUUUCCAAGUAUCUACAAUUAUCUCUAAGUUACCUUUUGUUUGGAAAGACUGUCGGAAAGAGUUGAAACAAAAGAAGGAUGCAAUGACUAUGCAAGAAUUGAUUAAGUAUAUCCAAGUUGGAGAGAAUUCUCGCAAACUGGAUAAACUUGAAUUGGAGGAAAAAUCUCCAAAGGUUCAUGUUAUAGAAAAUGCAUCAUCUAAGGACAAAAAGAGAAAGUUUGAUGGAAAAGGAACUGUUUCGGAUAAGAAAAAGGGUAACUUCACUACCCGUAAAGCGGCUUGCUGGAAAUGGGAAAAAGCCGGUCAUUUCAAGAAUAAGUGUAGAGUUUAUCUCAAGGAGAAGCAACAGAAGGACCAAGCCAACGUGGUUGACAAUGAUGAUUGGACUGCUAUGAUAUUUGAGGUAUAUGCAGUGGGUGAUGAUGAGGAAUGGUGGAUAGAUUCCGGUGCAACCAAACACAUUGCCAAGAACAAAAAUCUGUUCAAAGUUUAUGAUCCUAUAGCAGAGGACAAGAUCUCUUUAUGA